CUGAGACAGCCAGCCAUCAGAGAGAGGAUGGAGGGAGAGGGUCUAAUCAAAAACUCAGGUCAUGUGACCAUGCGCGUGCGGGAGCGCUGUGUAUGUUUAAUUCCAUUUCCUUAUCCGGGGGUCCGACCGAAGGCUUCCCAUUGGCUGGCUGUGGUCACGUGGAAUCCUAACUUUGUUCACUUGACAGAAAAGUAGGAGGGUUCAAGUGAACAGGAAUAACCGAAGACUAAAGGGAUGACAUAUAAAUUUUAGUUAUAUAUCUUUUCAAGUCGGCGCAAUUUCAGAAAAAGGCUGAAAUUAAUGGCCAUGAGCUCCUAUUUGAUCAACUCCAACUAUGUUGAUCCGAAGUUCCCACCCUGCGAGGAGUACUCACAGAGCGACUAUCUGCCCAGUCACUCCCCGGACUAUUACAGCUCACAGAGGCAGGAGCCCGCAGCGUUCCGGCCGGACUCCAUCUACCACAGCGAGCACCACCCGGAUCAUCGUCACCAGCCACGGGUCGAGCCGCCGUACACACCGUGCCAGCGCGCACCGCAACCCUCGGUAGUGACGUCCCCCCAGGGGCGCACCGCUCUGCCCGCCGGGCUCCACACCACCCCCCUGUCGGAGCAGAGUCACCGCUGUGACUCGGUCACGCCGAGCCCACCUCCACCCUGCGGCCAAAGCGCUGCGUCCCCCGUCGGCGGCCGAAAGGACCCGGUGGUUUAUCCGUGGAUGAAGAAAGUGCAUGUAAACAUCGUCAAUUCCAAUUACUCGGGUGGAGAGCCGAAGCGCUCCCGGACAGCUUAUACGCGCCAGCAGGUUCUGGAGCUGGAGAAGGAGUUCCACUACAACCGCUACCUGACCAGGAGGCGCAGGGUAGAGAUUGCGCACACGUUGUGCCUGUCAGAGCGUCAGAUUAAGAUCUGGUUCCAGAACCGGAGGAUGAAAUGGAAGAAGGACCACAAGCUGCCCAACACAAAAGUCCGCUCCGGGACCAACAGCACCUCAGGUUCUCAGACUAUGCCCGUUUCUCAGAGCCGCUCCUCUGGACCUCUAUAGUAGGCUACCUCUCUAUAGUUAGCUUUGUUUUCUCGGCUUCUAGACUGAAACUGAAGGAGUGACCCAUCAGAAGCUCCGGGAAUAAACACUUUGGACAGGAAUACGAACUCACUUCUUGAGAAGAAAGAAAGAUCAGUCAUUGCAUACAGCUGGACUCCCACUGAUUUGAUCCGUUAACAAUGUUUUCUUUUUUUUAAUGUUGGAUU